AUGAAAAUUAUAUUGAUUUUCAUUACCAUCUUCACUAUUGUGGGAAAUAUGUUGGUGUUGAUUGUGACCUGGAGAGAAAGAUGUCUUCAUCAACCGAAUAAAUAUUUCAUCGCUUGUUUGGCUGUCGCUGAUCUUUUGGUUGGUUUAUUUGUGGCACCACUGAAAUUAUAUAAACGCUAUCUCGACUAUGCAUUGCAAUAUCGUAUGCCUUUUCACCUCUGUCGUUUUAUGGUGUGGAUAGAUACCUUUGCGUUGGCAACAUCAAUUUAUUCACUGACAAUCAUCAGUUUUGACCGAUAUCUCAAAAUAAGCAAACCACUUCAGUACAAGUCCCUAAUGACGAGUUCUAAAGCAAUGAAAAUAAUUUUCAUCAUUAUUUUCAUUUCAACUGCCUUUGCCACUUACUCAGCUACGCCUUAUUCGGGCAGCAGCGGAAUUCUGGUUACAGGAAGCGGACCAUGUGUUCAAGUCGAUCCUAACAAUUACGUCUUCAUUUUGCUCAUAAGUAUGUUCGUUCUACCUGUGCUGGUUAUAUCGAUAAUGUACGCUCGAAUUUUUUUGGUUGCACACAAGAGACAAAAAAUGUUUCGGAAUGGCAAACUGGGCCAAACAUCAAAUAUUCCGAACCAGCAAACCGCCACCCUUCGACAAGAUAUGAAAGUGAUUCGGAUGUUGGUGAUCAUCAUGGGAGUAUUUCUACUUUGCUGGAGUCCUUGGUUUGUUUUGAUCUUCUUGUGGUUAUUUAGGAACUAUCCACAUCAUUGUGCACGGUUCAGUAAAUUAGGCAAUUUGUAUGCAAAAAACAUAAUUCAUCGCACAGCAAUCACACUCCCACUAUUCAACAGUCUCUGCAAUCCAAUCAUUUAUGCUUGGCUGGACCAAAAGUACAGGGAAGCCUUCAAACAUCUGUUUCGUCAAACCAUCAGUUGGUUUGGAUCGAGACUCGGGCGAGAAAACUUGCACGCAUAA